AGAGUAUGACAAAUAUUAAAGAAGAUUUAUCAAUUUUUUCAUCUCAAAAACAAACUGAUGAACUCACUUACGUAUGGAAAAUAAAAGAUUUUCAAGAUCUUUAUCGAAGUAUGAGCAAAGGAAAAUAUAUCAUGAGCGAUAGAUUUAGUUCUCCAAAACCGGUUUACAUUGAACCAAGGACUGGUCUCAAAAAACCAAUACAUACAUGGCGUUUAAAAUUCUAUCCUCAUGGAAAAAAUUCUGUUGGUGAAUGUUUAUCAAUCUAUCUUAAAGCAUUUCCUUCAGAAUAUGAAAACGCUGUUUCAAAAGAAACCUUAUUUAAUCUUUCAACAUGUGAUUCUCACGGUAGGAGAAACAUUUGUGGAAUUAAGGAUAUUUUUAAUGAAACGAACACAACUACUACUCCAACUGAAUUAGUAAUUACUGCUCAUAUAUUUUAUGAUGAUCAAAUGGUCACUCAAUCCUCUCAACCAUUUUUAACUUCAUUUGAAAAUUAUUUUGGAAAUGAUCUUUAUAACGAUAUUGAAUUUGAAUUUGACUGUGGUAGAAAAAUUCGUGCUGGUCGCUUAGUAUUAGCUUCUAGAUCUGAAUAUUUUGAAAAAUUAUUUGGAGGAGAGUGGCAAGAAUCAACCGCUUCCUCAAUUCUGUUAAAAAAUACAAAAUUUGAAUCUUUUCAUGCCGUGCUGUAUUAUCUUUAUACUGAUAGAUUAGAAGAAGAUUUAUCUUUGGAAAUUCUGAAAAAUCUUUAUUUGGAGGCUGAUAUGCGUAGAAUUGAAAAGUUACAACAAAUGGUGGUCAAGAGGCUUUCGGAAAUUUUGAAUAUUACGAAUAUGGAUGAAAUUUUAACAUAUAGUUUAGAGAUUGAAAAUGAAUUUUUAAAAAAGACUGUAUUGCAAUUUCUUAAGAAUAAUUGGGAUGACGUUAAACAUACUGAUCAAAUGAGAAAAAUGUUGAAAUUAGAAAACAUUGAUUGG